AGAGCGUGCGCGCACCCAGACUCCUUGCGGGAGCGAGCGCGUCCGGGAGCCCGCGGCCGGAGAGGGGCUGCGGGUUAGGGGGCCGGCGCCCGCGGUUCAGGAUUCCAGAAUUGGAAAUAACGGGAGGGAGGACCUGGUCCAGCUUCCCUUCCUCAAAUAAGGAAAUUGACACUUGGCGUGGUAAGAUUUGUGGAAUGUUACUGGGAAUUAUUGGCAGACCUUGGCUGGAAUUCUGGUGUUUUGACUGUUAACAUCCUCUUUUCUUUUCAUUUUAGUAUGCUUUUUAGCCCACUUCGUAGGAAUAGGAGCUGGAAAGGAUGGAUUUAGUAAAUGUUAGUAGAGUGAUUGAGUUUAAGCUCCCUGUGGUCCUGUUAGCAUUGUGCAGUCCUGUGCUAUCAACUUGACCCCUAAUCCCAGCCAUCAGCCUGAAAAUGUUGUGGUAUGUAGUUUUCUGAAGGUGAUCAGCAGUGUUCAGUUAUUACAGGAAGGAGAGAAGCAGCAUUAAUUUACAUGAUUAUAUGGAUCAGAUGGACCAACUAAAGGCAGAUUGGCCAUUGACUUUACUGGUGGUUAUGGUCAGGUGUGUGGAACCUCAGGAAUUUAUAUGGACUAAUAAAGUCAUAUCGGUAAGGUUCGUUUUUAUUAUUUAAAUGUUGCGAGGUGAUACAAGAGGUACUGUGUGUAGCAUUAAGCACAUGGGUUUGCAGGCAGGUAGACCUGAGUUUCUGUACUGCCUCUGGGGUUGGGCAAGUUACUGACCUACUCUGAUUUUCAGUUUUAAUUCCGAUGUAAUAACCCAUGACCUUACUUUGCACAGUUGUAGGAAUUAAAUGAGAUAUGUGAAAGGCCUGGCUUUUAAUAGGCCCUCAUAAAGUGACUGUUAGCAUUUGCAUUUUACUAGUGUAUGUUGAUUUUCAGAAAAUUUUCUUUUGUGAAAGAACAACAAAGAAUAUUCUUUCUCUUUUUCUUUUCUUUUUUUUUUUUUUUUUUGAGACAGGGUCUCUGUUGCCCGGGCUGGAGUGCAGUAGCGUGAUCACGGCUUAUUGUACCCUCUGCAUCUCAUGUUCAAGCGAUCCUCCCACCUCAGCCCCCUGAGUAGCUGGGACUACAGGCGUGCGCCACCACGCCUGGCUGAUUUUUUUUUUUUUUUUUUGUAGAGAAGGGGUUUUGCCAUGUUCGCUAGGCUGGUCUCAAACUCAUGGAUUCAAGGGGACUGCCCGCCUGGACCUCCCAAAGUACUGAGAUUGUAGGUGUGAGUUACUGCACCCAGCCAACAACAAAGAAUUAAUUGCUAAAAAACAGUUGUUACAGAAAUUACAUUGUGGGAGAGUGAUUAUUGGUCUGGGAAGUGUAAAUUAUAGAUUGUGAUCUGUUUAUCAUUUAUUCUCAGUCUCAUUUUACUCAUCUGUAAAAUGAAGGCAUAUGAAAUUUAUGAAUUUAGGAGUUACUGUAGGAGCAUUCUGAGAAAAGAGCUCUUCCAGAGUACCUGUGGAGAAGAAACAAUGGAUUCCUUAGACCAUAUGCUGACAGAUCCUCUGGAACUUGGUCCGUGUGGAGAUGGCCACGGCACGCGCAUCAUGGAGGAUUGCCUCUUGGGAGGCACCAGAGUUAGUCUGCCCGAGGACCUUCUGGAGGAUCCUGAGAUCUUCUUUGAUGUUGUCAGCCUCUCAACAUGGCAGGAAGUGUUAAGUGAUUCUCAACGUGAACACCUCCAGCAGUUUCUGCCUCAGUUUCCUGAAGACAGUGCUGAGCAGCAGAAUGAACUCAUCUUAGCCUUGUUCAGUGGGGAGAACUUCCGCUUUGGAAACCCUCUGCACAUUGCCCAGAAGCUUUUCCGAGACGGACACUUUAACCCGGAGGUGGUCAAGUACCGGCAGUUAUGCUUCAAGUCACAGUACAAGCGCUACCUCAACUCCCAGCAGCAGUAUUUCCAUCGGCUGCUGAAGCAAAUUCUUGCUUCCCGGAGUGAUCUGCUGGAGAUGGCCCGGCGGAGUGGCCCCGCCCUUCCCUUCCGGCAGAAACGCCCUUCACCAUCCCGCACACCUGAGGAGCGGGAGUGGCGGACCCAGCAGCGCUACUUGAAGGUCUUAAGGGAAGUGAAAGAGGAGUGUGGUGACACAGCCCUGUCAUCUGAUGAAGAGGCCGCGUUGGAUUUACAAGAACAAUUUUCUUUUGAAGAUCUCAGCUCAUGGCUUCCGAGCUCUCCAGCACGUUCUCCUAGUCCUGCGGUGCCCCUGCGGGUGGUGCCCACACUUUCAACCACGGAUAUGAAAACCGCAGAUAAAGUAGAACUGGGGGACAGUGACCUGAAGAUAAUGUUAAAGAAGCACCACGAGAAGCGGAAACGUCAGCCAGAUCACCCGGACCUUUUGACAGGGGACCUGACCCUCAAUGACAUCAUGACUCGAGUAAAUGCUGGCAGGAAGGGCUCUCUGGCAGCCUUAUAUGACUUGGCUGUCCUUAAAAAAAAGGUUAAGGAAAAAGAGGAAAAGAAGAAGAAGAAAAUAAAAACGAUCAAAUCAGAGGCAGAGGACCUGGCCGAGCCACUAAGCAGUACUGAAGGGGUUGCACCUCUCUCACAGGCCCCCUCUCCGCUGGCAAUUCCUGCUAUCAAGGAAGAGCCCCUUGAAGACCUCAAGCCUUGCCUUGGAAUCAAUGAAAUAUCUUCCAGCUUUUUCUCUCUUCUAUUAGAGAUCUUGCUGCUGGAGAGUCAGGCUAGCCUUCCUAUGCUAGAGGAGCGAGUUUUGGACUGGCAGUCAUCGCCAGCCAGCUCCCUCAACAGCUGGUUCUCUGCGGCCCCCAACUGGGCUGAGUUGGUACUACCAGCCCUGCAGUAUCUUGCUGGAGAAAGUCGAGCUGUUCCUUCCAGUUUCUCUCCAUUUGUUGAAUUCAAAGAGAAAACCCAGCAGUGGAAGUUGCUUGGCCAAUCCCAAGAUAAUGAAAAGGAAUUAGCUGCCCUCUUCCAGCUAUGGCUAGAGACCAAAGAUCAGGCCUUCUGUAAGCAAGAAAAUGAAGACAGCUCAGAUGCCACAACACCUGUCCCUCGGGUAAGAACUGACUAUGUGGUGCGUCCCAGCACGGGGGAGGAGAAACGGGUUUUUCAGGAGCAGGAGCGUUACAGGUAUAGCCAACCCCAUAAGGCGUUCACCUUUCGCAUGCAUGGCUUUGAGUCUGUGGUGGGGCCAGUGAAGGGCGUGUUUGACAAGGAGACCUCGCUCAACAAGGCUCGGGAGCACUCCCUGCUGCGCUCCGACCGGCCUGCCUACGUCACCAUUCUGUCUCUUGUUCGGGACGCUGCGGCUCGACUGCCUAAUGGAGAAGGCACACGGGCAGAGAUCUGUGAACUGCUUAAGGACUCCCAGUUUCUUGCACCAGAUGUCACCAGCACUCAGGUAAAUACAGUAGUGAGUGGUGCACUGGAUCGGCUACAUUAUGAAAAAGAUCCCUGUGUGAAAUACGACAUUGGACGAAAGCUGUGGAUCUACCUGCAUCGUGACCGGAGUGAAGAAGAGUUUGAGCGGAUUCACCAAGCACAAGCAGCUGCAGCUAAAGCCAGAAAAGCUCUUCAGCAAAAACCCAAGCCCCCAUCCAAGGUGAAGUCCAGUAGCAAGGAGAGCUCCAUAAAGGUCCUUAGCAGUGGCCCUUCUGAGCAGAGCCAGAUGAGCCUCAGUGACUCCAGUAUGCCACCCACCCCAGUCACACCUGUAACCCCCACCACACCAGCAUUGCCCGCCAUUCCCAUCUCCCCUCCACCUGUAUCGGCAGUGAACAAAAGCGGCCCUUCCACAGUCUCAGAACCAGCUAAGUCUAGCUCGGGUGUUCUUCUGGUGUCUUCACCAACAAUGCCACAUCUGGGAACAAUGCUUUCCCCAGCUUCCAGCCAGACUACACCCAGUUCUCAGGCUGCCGCCCGGGUCGUGAGCCACUCUGGCUCUGCUGGACUGUCUCAGGUGCGAGUGGUGGCCCAGCCUAGCCUUCCUGCUGUUCCCCAGCAGUCGGGAGGGCCGGCACAGACAUUGCCACAGAUGCCAGCAGGACCGCAGAUCCGGGUUCCAGCCACUGCCACACAGACCAAAGUAGUGCCCCAGACAGUAAUGGCCACUGUGCCCGUCAAAGCGCAGACUACGGCAGCCACUGUGCAGCGGCCUGGACCCGGGCAGACAGGGCUCACGGUGACAAGUCUCCCUGCCACAGCCAGCCCUGUGAGUAAGCCAGCCACGAGUUCUCCUGGGACCUCUGCUCCCAGUGCCUCCACGGCUGCCGUCAUUCAAAAUGUCACAGGACAGAACAUCAUCAAGCAGGUGGCAAUCACUGGGCAGCUUGGUGUGAAGCCCCAAACAGGCAACAGCAUUCCACUCACAGCCACUAACUUCCGCAUCCAGGGUAAGGAUGUAUUGCGUCUGCCGCCCUCUUCCAUCACCACAGAUGCCAAGGGCCAGACGGUUCUGCGAAUCACUCCGGACAUGAUGGCCACAUUGGCCAAGUCCCAGGUUACCACAGUCAAAUUGACCCAGGACCUCUUCGGGACAGGAGGCAACACUACAGGCAAAGGCAUCUCUGCCACCUUACACGUCACUUCCAAUCCAGUACAUGCAGCUGAUAGCCCUGCCAAGGCCAGUUCAGCCAGUGCCCCUUCAUCCACUCCAACAGGUACCACUGUGGUCAAAGUGACUCCUGACCUCAAGCCAACAGAAGCCUCAAGUUCGGCUUUUCGCUUGAUGCCAGCUCUUGGCGUGAGUGUGGCUGACCAGAAGGGAAAAAGCACAGUGGCCUCUUCAGAAGCAAAACCAGCUGCCACGAUCCGCAUCGUGCAGGGACUGGGAGUGAUGCCUCCCAAAGCAGGCCAGACCAUCACCGUUGCAACCCACGCCAAGCAAGGGGCCUCGGUGGCCAGUGGGUCUGGAACUGUCCAUACUUCAGCGGUGUCCUUACCCAGUAUGAAUGCUGCUGUGUCCAAGACUGUAGCUGUGGCUUCUGGGGCUGCAAGCACCCCCAUCAACAUCGGCACAGGAGCCCCCACCGUGCGGCAGGUCCCUGUCAGCACCACGGUUGUGUCCACGUCCCAGGCUGGGAAGUUGCCUACACGGAUCACAGUUCCCCUCUCUGUGAUCAGCCAGCCAAUGAAGGGCAAGAGCGUGGUCACAGCCCCCAUCAUCAAAGGCAAUCUUGGAGCCAACCUCAGUGGGUUGGGCCGCAACAUCAUCCUCACAACUAUGCCAGCAGGCACUAAGCUUAUUGCUGGCAAUAAGCCUGUUAGUUUCCUCACUGCUCAGCAGUUGCAGCAGCUUCAGCAGCAAGGUCAGGCCACACAGGUGCGCAUCCAGACUGUCCCUGCAUCUCAUCUCCAACAGGGAACAGCUUCUGGCUCCUCCAAAGCAGUCUCCACUGUUGUUGUGACUACAGCUCCAUCUCCUAAACAGGCACCUGAGCAACAAUGAUUAUGAGAGAGGAUGGCUUCCGUGAAAGACCAUGCCUGGUCUGUCCUGGCUGAGAAGGGACCAGGGAGGUUGCAUCAUUGUUUUAAGCUUGCCUGUUCAAGGCAGCCAGGCGGGGGGUGAUGGCAACGGUGGCCUGGAUUCGUGGCCUGAAUUCUGCUGCCACGUGCCAUAGUGGAGCACCCUGAGAAAGGUUCACUCCAGAGUUCCAAGGUCUGCUCUCUACCAACCUAGGAGAGUAUUCUGUUGAAAUUGCAGGAAUUACCAGUUAUGUCCAACAAGCCAGAGUUCUGAGAGUAAGACCCCCAGGGAAGGCUUACCAGUUGCAGAGUGCACACAGCGAAUAGGCUGGUUCUCCAUGAGGAUUGUAUUUUUUGGCUUCUGGUCUUCUCCAUGACUAGUGGUCUGGAUAGGAGUUUUGUGUCCAGAAAAUUUUAUGUAAUUUAUUUUUUUAAAGAACCUGUUGUACAUCUUUAUCAAAUACAAACUUGGGCUUUAGCCGCCCCCUCCACCAAA